CCGUCUUCCAGCCUCGGGCCAAGAGCCAUGGGCGACCCCCGGGACGUGGUGGUGGUGGGAGAUGUCAACUCCAACCUGCCGAUCGGUUGCAGCACCGGGGACGCCCAGCUGGACCGGGCGGUGGGGCAGUGGCUGAGCUGGGACAAGAAUCCUAAAACUAAAGAGCAGAUUGAAAUUCUGUUAAGAAAUGGGAAGAACAAGGAGCUACGCGACCGUCUGUGCCGCAGGCUGACCUUUGGGACCGCCGGUCUCCGUUCCGCCAUGGGGGCUGGCUUCUGCUACAUCAACGACCUUACUGUGAUCCAGUCGACCCAGGGGAUGUACAAAUACCUUGGCCAGUGUUUUUCCGACUUCAAGCAACGUGGUUUCGUGGUAGGGUAUGACACAAGAGGCCAGGUGACCAGCAUGUGCAGCAGCUUCAGACUUGCCCGACUCACAGCAGCCGUCCUGCUUGCGAAGGGAGUUCCUGUUUACUUGUUCUCAAGAUACGUCCCCACGCCUUUUGUGCCGUAUGCUGUCCAGCAGCUCAGAGCGGUUGCAGGCGUGAUGAUUACAGCUUCCCACAACCGUAAAGAAGACAAUGGCUACAAGGUCUACUGGGAAAACGGCGCUCAGAUCACAUCCCCGCACGAUAAAGAGAUCCUGAAAUGCAUCGAAGAAUGCGUGGAGCCGUGGAACGACUCCUGGAACGAAAAUCUGGUGGACUGCAGCCCUCUCACUCGGGACCCUCUGCAAAACAUCUGUGCAAGCUACAUGGAGGACCUGAAAAAGAUCUGCUACCACCGAGAGCUGAACGCAAAGACCCCCUUGAAAUUUGUGCACACGUCUUUCCACGGGGUGGGACACGACUACGUGCAGCUGGCUUUCCAGGCCUUUGGCUUCCAGCCCCCCAUUCCAGUCCCUGAACAAAAGGAUCCGGAUCCCGAUUUUUCCACCGUCAAAUGUCCCAAUCCCGAAGAAGGAGAAUCGGUGCUGGAACUGUCUUUGCGGCUGGCGGAGAAAGAGGGAGCGCGAGUGGUCGUGGCGACGGAUCCUGAUGCGGACAGGCUAGCGGUGGCCGAACGACAGGAAAUUGGCCGCUGGAAAGUCUUCACCGGCAAUGACCUGGCCGCCUUAUUUGGCUGGUGGAUGUUUACUUGUUGGAAGGAAAAUCGUCCCAAGGGAGCCGACGUCAAGAACGUUUACAUGCUAGCCACCACCGUCUCCUCCAAAAUUCUGCGGGCCAUCGCUCUCAAGGAAGGAUUUAAUUUUGAAGAGACCCUCCCUGGCUUCAAAUGGAUCGGCAGCAGGGUGAAGGAUCUCGUGGACAGCGGCAAAGAAGUCCUUUUCGCCUUCGAGGAGUCCAUCGGUUUCAUGUGCGGCACGUCGGUGCUGGACAAAGACGGGGUCAGCGCCGCCGUGGUCGUAGCAGAAAUGGCUGCCUGGCUGGACACCAAGGGCCAAACGCUGGCCCAUCAGCUAACGGAGAUUUAUAAAACGUAUGGCUACCACAUUUCAAAAACCUCCUACUUCCUGUGUUACGAUCCCCCUACAAUCCAAAGGAUAUUUGAACGGCUCCGAAACUUCGAUAUGCCUGAUUCUUACCCGACCUCUUGCGGGACGUACGCUAUUCUCCACGUCCGGGAUGUCACCACCGGCUAUGACAGCAGCCAGCUCAAGAAAAAAUCGGUGUUGCCCGUGAGCAAAAACAGCCAGAUGAUCACCUUCACCUUUCAAAACGGCUGCGUGGCCACGCUCCGGACCAGCGGAACCGAACCAAAGAUUAAAUACUACGCCGAGAUGUGUGCGCCGCCAGGCCAGAGCGACGUCGCCGUGUUGGAAGAGGACCUCACGAAGCUCAUCGGAGCCCUGGUGGAGCACUUUCUGGAGCCCAGCAAGAACCAACUCACCUGGCGCUGUGUGUAGCAGCCAUCCCUCCCCCCCACCCCCACCCCCCCACGGCCCCUCCCUCCAGCCCUGGCUGCCGUCAACGUCGUUCCUUGCACUGCGUCCUGCGGAAUUCAGGAACCAAGAGGCAAACCUCCUCUCCUUGCUUUCGUUUCGUAGGUGUCCGUGAGUGUUUGCUGCCUGGGGUGUCUGCGUCCCUCACUUAGCCAGCACCCCAAAGCAGUACUACCUUUUGUCAGCUUGAGUGUACCCAAGUAGUAAAACUGCUCUGAAGCUGUCCGGAGAGGCCCUCAAAGAGAGUCAGAACCUGUGGGGAGGGUCUCUGGCAUCAGGCCCUGGUGUUCCUCCUCUUCCCCCUCCAGCAAAGAUCAGCCGUCUACAUUCUUUGCGCUACGAAGAUCCUUCCAGAGCGGGGGAAAAACAGCUAGAUUGCAAAAAAAAAAAAAAAUGAUAGUAAUUGUGGGGAAAAAAAAGGCUCUGCUUCUCCACCGUUAGCUAGAAUAUCGGUAUUAUCUUCACUGCAUUAUCGAGUCUUAAUUUUGCCAGGAGGUUUUCGUUUGUUUGUCGUUUUCUAGCUCGUGUUGUGGUAUUCAGGGGAUCCCAGCUCUUUUAAAAACCUCCUUAGAUCGUCUUCGUUGGGUGGCAUUUUCACCCCCGACGAUGUUGCUUCUUGACAUCCACCUGAGCCCUGAACCAGUCAAGACGGGCUAAAUCACCCGAGGUCUUGAUCUCUCUCAAAUUGUCUGCAAUUUAAGUUGAGGUGGAUCCCGACUAUUAUAGGGUAG